GCGGGUGAAGUGGCCCUUGACUUCAGACUUCGGGUUAGAAAGCGAAGCCAUCUCAUGAGGGGAAGGUGGGCUUCUAUCCAGAUGUGUUUUUUGGGGUCAGGGGAGGAAGGCUCAGCGGACGCCUCUGCAGCCCCUGCUAGGCUUAACUUCUCCGCCUCUCCAAGCAGGUGUAGGACUCUGAGCUACUGGGGGAGUCACCAUUCAGCGUGUUCUACAAUAUUCGAUGAAAGGGGUGAAUUCAGCAAACCAGGUCAGCGUUUCGUGUGAACACAGCUCCAGAGGGUGUUCUUGGUUUCCAAAGAACCAAGGAAAAGUGGCUCGAGAAACACCGCUUUGUAUAUUUCAGGAUCUGGGGAAUUAGAGUAUUGGGUUCCAUAACGUACCCGAAGUGUUGGUUAUUCACAUCGACUCCCUUCCCCUAUAUAUUAAGCUUCGCUAAGACGCCUCUCAACCUUCCUUUUAACUCCCCGAUUGGUGCGUGGAUGGACCAAUGAGAAAGUUUCGGCCCGGUGAUUGGAGGAAAAAAAAAUUCUACCCAGAAGACAUCGCGAUCCUGGGAAACCGGAGGGAUUCGCGGAAGGAAGCGAGCCUGUCUCGCCCGGGAAGAAGCGGGGCGGCUCGGCUGCGGGCUCUAAGGGAGUCGCGGGGCUCGGCUAGGGCUCCGGCCCGAUCCUUCAUUCCCUUCCGUGAGAUCGAUUGACGGGGAAAUGGGCGGGAAAGAACCGGACCGCCCCUUUGGGCUCAUUUGCAUGCGAUUUGCAUACUUCAUUUGAAAAGCGAGCGGGCAGCAAAGGGUUAAAUUGCAUCAGAAUGGAAUUUACUCCAGUAGUGGAAAAAAUGAUCAAGCCAAUUGAUCGCAGAUCAGUUCAUCAGAUCUGCUCAGGCCAGGUGGUGCUGAAUCUAUGUACUGCUGUAAAAGAGCUGGUGGAAAACAGCCUUGAUGCCGGCGCUACUAGCAUUGAAGUGAAGCUUAAAGAUUAUGGAGCGGAUCUUAUUGAAGUCUCUGAUAAUGGUUGUGGUGUAGAAGAGGAUAACUUUGCAGGCUUGACACUGAAGCAUUAUACUUCCAAGAUCCAAGACUUCUCUGACCUCAUUAACGUGGAAACGUUUGGCUUUCGAGGUGAAGCUCUGAGCUCUUUGUGCGCGUUAAGCAACGUUUCCAUUGUCACUUGUCACAAGUCUGCCAAUAUCGGGACCCGGCUGGUGUUUGAUCACAGCGGGAACAUCACCCAGAGAGUCCCCUUCUCCCGGCCACAGGGGACCACCGUCAGCGUCCAGCAGCUGUUUCUUACUUUGCCGGUUCGACAGAAAGAAUUUCAGCGUAACAUAAAGAAGGAGUUUGCCAAAAUGGUCCAGAUACUGCAAGCGUACUGCAUCAUUUCUACCGGGGUUCGAAUUCACUGCACCAACCAAGUGGGUCAAGGGAAGAAACAGGCCGUGGUGGGCACCAGCGGAAGUUCUACUUUGAAAGAAAACAUCAGUGCCAUAUUUGGACACAAACAGGUACAAACCCUGAUUCCCUUGGUGCAGUUGCCACCAAGUGGAGAAGUUUGCGAAGAAUAUGGCUUGAACAUUUCUGCUCUGCCCACUAAGCUUUAUACCAUCGCAGGAUUUGUUUCGCAGUGCAAUCACGGCGAUGGGAGGAGCACAACGGAUCGGCAGUUCUUUUUUAUUAACCAGCGGCCCUGCGACCCAGGAAAGGUUUCCAAAGUUGUAAAUGAAAUCUAUCAUAUAUAUAACAGGCAUCAAUAUCCAUUUAUUGUUCUUAACAUCCGUGCAGAAUCUGGAUGCGUGGACGUCAACGUGACUCCGGAUAAAAGGCAGAUCUUGCUUCAGGAAGAGAAGCUUUUAUUAGCAAUCCUGAAAACAUCGUUGAUGGCGAUGUUCGGCACUGAUGUUAAUAAACUGGUGGUGAAUCAAAAGCUGACCGAUGUUGAAGGGAACUUGAAAAGCUUCCUCCGGAAUGAGGGAGACGCGUCUCCCUCGGAGACAUCAACCAGUCCUUUUUUUUCAAAUCGGGACGAGAAAUCGAAAAUAAUUGCUCGUCUGAAGGAAUCCUUUUCUCGGGGGAAAACCUCUGCUCUACAGGAGACUGAGAAAGCCCAACCGAAACACAGGCCAACCGCCAGUCAAGGAAUAUUCCAGAGGUUUGCUGGUUUUUCAGCUUCUCCCCGAAAGAAAAUUCUUCUCAACAAGGAAUCCGAAGACGCAAGCGAGGUGGAUUCGAGGAAUUUCCCGCUUGCAGGCAGGAAGUUGGAGGAAUCGAACGAAGAUACGGAUUCUGGUUUGGGGAACGUCUCCACUGAGUCAGAUGGGGGUUUGAGCACCCCAGAAACGGGCGUCCAUUUUGGAGCCGAAAGUGCUGCGGGUUCUUCCGAAGGAGAUCCCCGUGUUUUUAGCGGAGAAAUCCAGAGCAACAAAUGUGGAUCUAGCGGGGUUUUCGGGCCCUCCGAACCAAACCAGAACGAAGAAGGCGGCUUCCCUCGACAAGCCACUUCAUCCCCCAAAGCAAAACGUUUUAAGAUCCAUCAAAUUCCUUCCCCAAAAGCCAAUUUCUCGGCGAUGACUCCUGAGCAGGACUCUGGCGCGCAGCCCUUGUAUGACAUCCCGGUCAAAACGGAAAAGAGGACUGUGCCUUUAGCCGUCUCUUGGAGCACCUUAGCGGACCGAAUCCAGAGGCAAAUUAAGCGCCAGGAGACCGAAGGAGAAAUGCUGAAAUUCAGAAAAUUUAGGGCAAAGAUUAGCCCGGAAGAAAACAAAACGGCGGAAGAUGAAUUAAGAAAGGAAAUAAGGAAAGAGAUGUUUGCUAAAAUGGAUGUUGUUGGCCAGUUUAAUCUGGGGUUUAUCAUUGCCAAGCUGAAAUCGGACCUCUUCAUCAUUGAUCAGCACGCUUCCGAUGAAAAAUACAACUUUGAGAUGCUGCAAGAGCACACUGUCCUGCAGGGGCAGAAGCUAAUCAAGCCUCGAAAUCUUAAUUUAACCGCUGUGAGUGAAAGUAUCUUGAUGGAUAAUCUGGAGAUUUUCCAAAAAAAUGGAUUUGAUUUUGUGAUUGAUGAAAACGCUCCUGUAACUCAGAGAGUGAAGCUCGUAUCUUUACCAACCAGCAAAAACUGGACUUUUGGUCCCCAAGACAUCGAGGAAUUAAUCUUUAUGUUAAGCGAUUCUCCGGGAAUCAUGUGCAGGCCAUCCAGAGUAAGGCAAAUGUUCGCCUCUCGAGCGUGUCGCAAAUCUGUGAUGAUCGGGACCGCCCUCACGGCCGGUGAAAUGAAGAAACUGAUCUCUCACAUGGGGGAAAUUGAGCAUCCUUGGAACUGUCCGCACGGCAGACCCACCAUACGACAUUUAGCCAACCUGGAUCUCAUUACACAAUUGUGACAGACAGGCUACUAGCUCUUACUUCAUUGUGGAACGCAACCGCGAUCUCAUUUUAGAAUCACAGGCUGUCGCAAAGUUCUCGAUUUUGCUGGACCAGAAGCUUAAAUCAUGGCUUCGGGUUGCAAAAGAUGAACAUGGGUGUUUUUCUUUUUCUUCUCUCUCUCAAUAAAUAGACACAAUAACUUUCCAUCUCCUGGCCUUCUGAAAAAAACUUUUCACAUUUUUGUUUGAAAAAGCAGUCAUCGUCCCCCGACCCAAAUGGGCUUGUUUUAUUGCUGCCUUUGUAGAAAUAUUGGCUUUCUGUUCAUUUUAUCAUUUUCCUCUGGACAGAAAGAAUUAAGUGUGCGUAACUGACUCUUUAGAGAACUUCAUGUUUUAGAGCAGACGUUUUAUAAAUAAAGAUUUUUUUAAAAAAAAAUACACAAAAGUUCUUUGUGCUUUAACAGAGUGGUUCCCAUCUACAGUGUACAAUGGGAUGGCCAGUUCCUGUAGGUAUGAUAGAGAGAGUUAAUGCCAGUUGUGAGUUUUAUGGCGUCACAGCAUUUUAGUAAUUGGAAAAUGAAAAGCUUAAACAAUUCUCUACUAUCACAGCCUUUAGCAUCCGAUUUAUCUUAAUUGUGAAUGAAAUGAUCAAUUUUAAAUCCACUGGUUACUUUAUUACAGGUCCCAAAUCCAUCACACAGGGCUGUUAGAUCACCUAUAACAAAGUGGGAUAGAGAAGAGAGAAAAAUAUAUAAUAAAAUGAUGCAAAAAUGUCAUGCUUUAGGAAGUAUUCUAUACAGCAUAGUCAACAAUUAGUUUAUCAAAAAGAAAGCACAAGCUCUACGGGCUGCUAAUGUAAACUUGUUAUUUUAAAAUGCUGAUCUGCCAGAACAUACUAGAUAUAAAAUUCAUUUUGAUAUCUAAGGAAUGGCCUUGUUAGAAGUGUUAAAAGCUCCAUGUGUGUGCGUCUAUGGAACCUAAAGGAUAAGCAAUAGUUCAACCUCAGUAAGAUAAAGAUGUGUGGACUUUGACUCCCAGAAUUCUCCAGCCAGCAUGAGGAAUUCUGGGAAUUGAAGUCCAUGCAUUUUAAAGGUCAAGGUUGAGAAAUCGUUCAGUAGAGUAAUCUGUGGGUCAGUAGUUUGAUAUUCCCAGACUGUUUCUGCAAAAUAUUUUUUCUGAAACUUGCGCUCCAUUUAACAGUGACAGCAGCCUAAUUCAUGUUCCAAUUGGUACUUUUAAUCUUCAUUGUUUUGAGCAUAAUGUUCCCCUUUAAAUUCCUUUCUAAUCUACUAUAUCUAAAUGACUUUCUUGCUCCUGGAUAAUAGAAAAGCAAUAACUUCCCUUCUAAAACGGCAUCAGUUUAGCUCUUAAUAAAUAAGGGAGGAGUUGUUGGGCCAUUUCUAAGUGACUUGGAAUUUAGGUAGCACCUUGUAUCUUCUUUAUAACAUUACCUUGAAUUUAAUUUUUUU